ACAUUGAUAUAAAUUAAUAUUGUACCAUAAAGAGCACCCGUACUAAAGCUAAACUACAGUUAUAAAUGAAAGCUAUAAUUAUUACGCGAAGGCCUCUCUAGGGACGCCCUAGUUCUCAGCUUCUGACUCAUUAGCGCUGAACACCGUCCAACUCCAUAAUUCCAUUUUCUACCGUCUAGGGGACACUAUUAUCACACUAACUAAUAAAUUAAUUGAAACCCCACAUAUUAUGAUUAAUGAAAGGCUAUUGAUGAUCAAAGAAAAGCGAAAAAUGAAGAGAGAGAAACUUAUCAACUAUUUACGGACUGAAUUACGAAGCUCGACGACUCAUGGGUUGCCCUAUAUUGUAAACACGGAAAUACAUUGGUUGGAGAGAGCAUACUGGUUGAUGAAUUUUGUAAUAUGUUUGACAAUAGCAACCAUGUUGCUGACCACGCAAUACAUAAGAUUCCUGAAAUCGCCAGUUGUGAUGAGUGUGGAGAUGGAUUAUUUCAACUGGAACGUCUCUUACCCGGCUAUCACACUGUGUCCUACUGGCAAAAUUAAUCAAGAAUUAUUCAGUGCGCUACUUAAGUGUGAGACGCGGCUGAGGACUGGCAAGACCUUGUACUCGUAUUUUUGGUCGGUUGCAACGGCGUCUUUGGACACAAUCGAUAAGCUUGCUUUACAAAACUCGGAGACAGUAAAGUUAUUCCAAAACUCUUUUCAGUUAAUAAGCCCGAACGAAUACGCAGGAAUAGCCGGGCUGCUGUUCGAGAGCUUCGAGAACCGGACGGUAAUGACGAAGACCAACUGGCCAGUGACCGUUGACGCGGUGUUAACCGAGAUGGGCAUGUGUCAUGUCAUUAACUCGAACGUUGCUGCCUUCCACGACCCCUUCAAAUGGAAAGACGAGACGAUGGCGUACGUUAAAAACAACAUAGAACUCUCGGCGCAUGACAUAGAUUUCUUUACUCAGAUAAUAAAUUAUGCUGAUGAGUACAAGGUAUACGUGCACAGCCCCGACGAGAUCGCCCUCAGCACCACACCAUCAUACACUUUCGACACGGAGGGCUACGUGUAUUUCGGCUACCGUGUGUGGACCGCCAAGAUAUCGGACACGCUGCGGCAUGUGCCCGUCACUAUACGGAAAUGCAGAUACUUGGACGAGCCUCUGACCAAGAGGUACCCAAUAUAUUCGUAUAACCACUGCUUGAUGGAGUGCCGAAUCAGAAUGAUCCAGACGCUUUGCGGAUGCGUACCGCAUUUCUACAAACCAUUAGAUCACGAAAAAAUCUGCGAUUUAUCUGUACUCCGCUGCGUCUUACAGCAUAAAAACGAAAUACUGCGACUUUCUGUGACCAACGACACUCUCCACAAACACAGGAACGUUCCCUCCUUACCAAGAGCCUCGAGGGACUGCGGCUGUCCGAGCGACUGCGAGUCGCACGUCUAUUUGAAAGACGCAGAAAGUAUUCUAUCGCAGUCAGACAUGAACCGAUUGAGGAUCGGCAUUUCUAGGUUCCCGAAAGUAAGGGUGAUGCGGGAGUUCAUUUUCAGUACGCCUGAUAUGUUUUUGAAAACAGGAGGCGUAAUAAACCUUUGUAUCGGAAGUUCGGUAAUAUCUAUGCUUGAACUGAUACUAACAGUCAUAAGGAUCCCAAUAUCUAAUCUGACCAAGUGGGCCGUCGAGAAAAUGAACAAGCUCAGAGAGAGGAAGAAGAAAUAA